AGGCCGGGAGGGGAGCUGGGGACUGGGGCGGUGGUGCCCCCGCGGAUCCCCGCGGCUUCACUUCUAAAUCGGACCAGAGAGGAGGAUGCCGGCGUGUAUCUGCACCGUAGGAACGGGGCAUAAUGUUUUUAACAACAGUAUUACUGCGGAAGAGAAUUCCUGGAAAACAGUGGAUUGGGAAGUACAGGCAACCAAGACAGGUUACCACUUCAAUGAAGCAAGCAAUGAUCCGAAGGUUGGAAAUUGAAGCAGAGAAUGAAUACUGGCUCAGCCAACCUUACCUGACACCGGAACAGGAAUACAAACACAACGCUGAAGAGAGACGUGCGAAGUGGGAAGCUUUCAAAAGCCUGAAACAAGCCAAGUUUCCUGAGCACAGAUACAUCAGCGAUCAUUUAAACCACUUAAAUGUGUCAAAGAAGUGGACAUGUUGAAUAAAUACAGCAUAUUUAUAUUUGGCACCUGUCAUGCACUACCGUGGGAUCUGCUCUCAUACCUAUUAUGGUAAUUCACUGUAAUUAGGGUGGGUGACAAAUAAGACUUUGCUGUGGUGUACAAAAUGCUGCAUUAAAAGUAGUCCUCUGGAACAGCAUAUGUUUUCUUA